CAAGCCGCUAGGGACGCACGUGGACGGUACAGCUUUAAAACUCAGCUCAUGAAUGUGCCACAAGUUCAUUUUUUUUAGGAUUUUAUCCCCCCCUCUUCCACCGACAAGAGUUAGUUCCCUGAUGUGUCUGUUUAACCUGCUCUAGCUCUCUGUUUCAUUCUCGCUUCCUGUUCUCUCGCCUGUCCGGCGGUUUUCGGGUUUCGUGCAGCCUACCUUGUCUGGCGCAGAAUGCUUCGAGUCUCCGUUGCCGCCUCUCGCAACUCAGUCCACAACAGCAAACUACCUUUGAUCUAACCGCGCUUUCCCAGACGACUGCGGUUUGUUUCCCUCAGCCACGCGCUGAUCUUGUAUUCCACCGCCUUUGAUAGCUGACGUGUCUGUCCUUGGUGCUGAAAUCACGCGCCUGCCUGUUUGCUUGAUAGACGGUAUUUGUGCAGCGUUGCUGUAACAUUUGCUCAACUUGUGGCAACAGAAGCAAAAUUUGGUGAAUUAUUUAGAAGCAGAACUGGAGCAGAACUUUUUUUCCCCCAAAAAAUUGAUAUGCUUGGACUCCGAAAAUCAAUUAUUCUAGGCAGCUGGGGGCGUUUUCAAACUGUAUCGACUUUUGAAUAAUACAGAGGCUACCUAAGACAAAAUAGUUGAAUGCAAGAUCGAUAUCCGCAGCUACGACUGUUUUAGAUAACCUGGAGAUUUUUGCUUCGUUCUGAAAACUUGAAGAAAAAAAAAGAUCGUUAAGAAGGCUUUGAAGAAAGUGGAGGAAUAUACUAUUUCCAAUUUUAUAUUUGGAUUUUACAUCUGGAUAAUUGAGAUUUUGUUUCACAUUAACGUCCCCCGCACUUCUAGCCGAAGUUGCCCCAGAACAAAUGAUUAUUUAAAAUACAACGCUACGAACUAUUUUUGAGCUGGGUGACAAUGGACGCGUCCGCCAACGGGUCCAGCUUCGGAAUAGACACUUUACUUUCUCACAGACCUGGAAGUCCAAUAAUUUCUAAAGGGGACGCUUUGAUGGGAGAAUGCCGCUCUCCCCUGGAGUUCAGCCCGGGGUCUGACCUGGAGAGCGUCUGCUCGUCCCCUCCUUCCCCGCGGCGGGAGAGCGUGGAAGAGGCAGUGCAGAGACAAGGUCACGCUCUCGGGCUGCAGUCCCAUCUACAGCACGGGCAGGUUUCUGCCGGUUCCCAGCCGCGGACCGUCACUUCGUCUUUCCUCAUUAGAGACAUACUGGCGGACUGCAAACCUCUGGCCGCGUGCGCCCCGUACUCCAGUAAUGGACAGCCGACUCAAGAGGCAGGGCGGCUCGCGUCCAAAAUCGCAGACGAAUUCAUGGAUAAAAUCCACAGCAACUCCUCGUCAGACAGCGAAUACAAAGUGAAAGAGGAGGGGGACAGGGAGAUCUCGAGCAGCAGAGACAGCUCACAGGUCCGGCUGAAGAAGCCCCGCAAGGCUCGCACCGCCUUCACAGAUCACCAGCUGGCCCAGCUCGAGCGCAGCUUCGAGCGCCAGAAGUACCUGAGCGUUCAGGACCGGAUGGAGCUGGCGGCCUCACUCAACCUCACCGACACCCAGGUCAAGACGUGGUACCAGAACAGGAGGACGAAGUGGAAGCGACAGACGGCGGUUGGACUCGAACUGUUAGCUGAGGCCGGGAAUUACUCCGCCCUCCAAAGAAUGUUCCCAUCGCCGUACUUUUAUCCCCAAAGCUUGGUUUCAAAUCUGGACCCAGGAGCGGCCUUAUAUCUGUACCGAGGACCCUCGGCGCCCCCGCCCGCGCUGCAGCGCCCUUUAGUCCCACGGAUUCUUCUACAUGGCCUGCAGGGGGGGACCGAACCACCGCCGCCGCCUCUCUCGUCCCUCUCUGGAGUGCUUCCGCGGGCUACGCAGCCCCGGUGAGCGGGACCAUCUGAGCUAGACACGGGCUGCUCGGAACUCGUUGGUGACAAGUACAUGAAUAUGUCAGCAAAAACCACAACGAACUCAACUGGAGCACGAACUCUUGAGUCGAUAUUAACAUACUGAUAGACUACACAGCCACAUUUAGGCCUAUGUAUUUAUUUAUUUAUGUAUUUAUUUAUUUAUUUAUAUUAUAUUUGUUUUUUCACCUAACAGGGGCCUGAAUUAAUAGCCGAGAGAGGUUUAAAGGUGAUUUCGUAGGGCAGUGGUUUUCCAGAAGGGUCUAAAAUGCUGGCAGCGCCGUGUCUUUGUCAGAAUCAUUGGGGGUUGACCAUAGAAGUCUAAAUCCCAAAAAAGAUCAGAAUUAUGUUGUUACCAUUAUUGCUAUUAACAACAGGUUGCAAUAAUAAGGCCUAAUAAUAAUAAUAGCCUAAUAAUAAUAAUAGCCUAAUAAUAAUAAUAAUAAUAAUAAUAAUAAUAAUAAUCAGAUUGCAUUUGUGAUGAGUCGCUAAGCUUACUGCACAUACAUUAAUCAUACACUUUUAUUUUCAAAUAGGCCUAAAUUAUUCUACAACAGCAUUUUCAUAUUUAGCUACUUGAAAAUCUUACAGCGUAUGGAAUUGUAAAUAAGAGUAGAUUUUAAAAUUAUAUUUAAAUAACUUUAUUUUUAAAUGUCUUUUUUUAAUUUGAUCAUUCCAGUCCAAAAACAAUAUUGAAUAAGCAGUUAAUUGCGGGAAUCACCGGCGUAUUUCACUAUUGAAACUGACCGCCGAAUUCCGCUUUCUUAGCAAGGACAUAAUCCAACUCACAAAACACGCUGUUAUUUAUGCUGAACAGUCCGGCGGAA